AUGGAAAGAAUUCAUCUUGACAACUCAGCAGCACGUGCAGUUCAAGCUUACAUUGAAUAUGAAAAUAUUGUUGGUGGUGCAGACGGUGGAAAACUUUUGUCCCCAGAAGAAUACGAAGAGUUCAAAAAACAAGUCGCGGCGCAAAGGGCAAAUAGAUUAUUUGUAUACUGAAGCAACUCUUCUGGGCUUGAGUGCAAAACUAUAGGUCCUCACUCUAAAUGCUUCUGCAAUCAUAGAUAUAAAGACCAUUUCACAGAUGACGUAAGCACAAAGAAGGUCCCGUGUAGGGUACCAAAGUGUAAAUGCAAGCAAUUUGACUAUGUCCCUGUAUAUGGUUCGAAUGAUCUAAAGUGCUUGUGCAAGCAUUCUUAUACGACUCAUAACCCAGCAAAUAGAAGGUGUGAAAAGCCAGGCUGCAAGUGCAGCCAGUUCUCAAGUACGCACAGCUGUACAUGCAGUAGGCAUUAUAAUGAUCAUGAAACCAAAUUUUAUAGCAAGCAAGAGCGGCAAGCGAUGGGAAAGCCGACGGAUAACCUGGGUGGAGGAGGAGAGCUUUAUGCAGCUAUGGGAGGGUUGACUGAUUUUUCUGAUCUAGUUGAUGGGAUUGAAAGAGAAGCGGUAGAGCCUGUAGAGUAUGCAGGAAAAAGAUAUGAACUAACUGGGGCAAGCAGAAGAGCUGUAGAGGCGCCAAAGCCACAAAAGGGUGAAAGGCAGGUAAGGAGAGAAGGAUUCACACCUUUGGAGCUUUAUAAUAUGCCCCAUAGACUUGGGAAAUAA